AUGGCACGCACAACAGCCUCAACUUCAAAGGUCAAGCCCAAGGAGGAUAAGCCCAAGAAGGUGUCGUCUGCCGCCGCCGCCGACAAGGACAAGCACAAGGCUACUACCGCCGCCGCCGCGGCCAAGGUGGCCAAGGCGGCGGCCGCGACGACGACCAAGGGCACGGCGCGGACCACCGCCGCGGCGACUAAGAAGGCUGAGGCUGAGGCCGCCGCCGCCGUCGCCGUCGCCGCCAAGCCCAAGGUCGCGAAGGAGGCCAAGGUGAAGGCGGACAAGGAGCCCAAGGCGGACAAGGAGCCCAAGACCAAGGAGUCGACAAAGGCGGACAAGGAGCCCAAGACCAAGGAGACCAAGGCCAAGCCCGCUGCUGUGCCCAAGGUGACGGUGACCAAGCCCAAGAAGGAGAAGGAGGAGAAGGAGAAGAAGGCCGCCGCGCCGAAGACUCCGGCCAAGGCGGCCGCCGCAGCCGACACGAAGCGCUCGUCGGCGCCAUCACCGGCGCCGGAGGCCCUCUUCCUCGGCAAGGCGAAGGCGCUGGCGGUCAGCGUCGCAGGCGACGAGUUCACCGCCGAGCCACGGCUCAUGACCUCUGGCAAGAUGGGCUGGAGCGGGACCAAGAAGACCAAGGUCGAGGUUGGGGACGACGAAGUGGACGUGCAGAUCACGGUCAACGUCCUCGUCGUCAAGAAGCCCAAGGCCAAGGCGGAGCCCAAGAAGAAGAAGGAGAAGAAGGAGGCUGUUGCGGCGCCGGCGGAGACGCACCACGACGACGAGCAUGAGCCCGAGCACGCCGACGACGAGCACGAGCACGACCAUGACCACGACCACGAGGACGACGAGCACAGCGACGACGCACCGGCAGAGGGUGGUGCGAGCAGCAGCUCGCCCAAGAAGGCGACGACGUACCGCUCGUCCUCGGCCACCAAGAAGCGCAAGCUCGUCGUCGCGGGUGAUGGCUCGGACAGCGAGUAG